AUGGAGAGCAUUCAGCUUGCGCAGAUGCUUGCUGAUCUCAGCGACUUAAAUGCGGCGCAAGAAACACAAGCCGCUAUCGCUCUGGUCAACGCCAACAAGACGCUCAACACCACCUCCACCACGUCUGAAGCAAACAAGCCAUUAGAACAUGUUUUCCAAGUCCAGCCAGGUCCGCGACAUCAUCGCCGCACCGGGUCUUCGGGGUCUGCCGGCUCAGGCUCGUCCUUCAUCUCGAGAACCGCCUCGCCGGCAAAGUUUGAUAAAUACGGACGGCGCAUCCUGACGCCGCCCAACACGCGCUCAAACUCGGCGUACGGCUCCAUCCCGGGCACGCCGCGGCGAGAAACAGAGGUUAGCACCGUUACCCUCUUCGCACCCCCCAACUGCACGCUCUCGCCGACGAACUACGUACUAAAGUACGCCUGUUGGCGGGAUCAACAGAUUGAAGACGACGUCGACCGGGCCAACUCGCUGAUGGCUCUGUACGAGAUUCGCGCCAAGCUGAAGGAUCAGGACAACCGGGCGUUGAACAAGUUGAGGGAGAAGAUCGACGCGCUGCAUGCAAGACAGCAAGCGGAGAAGAAGGAUGGGGAUAUGGGAAGGAUGAGACUAAGCUAUCCCAAAGGCUCCUGA